AUGGGAGCAACGCAGUCAACUCCCGCCAGUAGCCGCUCCCUACAGACCCGCCUCGAUAGAGCUCUCGAGGGUCGGAGGCGGCCAGCCGAUGAGAGGUUCUCCAUCCGCUUCAAGGAGCCGUUUGGAGACUAUGACCUCCUCAGGAGCACCAGCUGCCAGGGGCUCGCACACCCAGUGCACGUCGUCAUCGAGGCGCGCAACACCGCAAACCAACACAAGCCGCCCAGGUUCCUGGAUCGCGUCUGCUACCCAGAUCCAGAUUUCUUGACGGUCCAGGAGUGCCUGGAGAUGCAGAACAAGGAGGAACCGAAGCACAUCGCCAGGGUAAUGGGCAGCAGCGCCAACGACUCCCGCACCGCAGUCUACUACGCGCACAACAACCUAGGCUCCGUCGCAUCUCUGCUACGCAGGUGUCGAGCACCCGGCGCAACGCCCGUGUCCGUCCCAACAGCAAUCGCCAUCCGUCUGGUCAGGCAGGUCCUGCUGGCGAUACAGGCUCUGCACCCAGCCGACGACAAGACGGACGCGUUUGAGCACGGGCAAAUCGGCCUCGAGAGCAUCCUGGGCCACGUGGACAAGGACGGCAACGUGGACUUUUGCCUGUCCGGGCUCGACGGGGCGAGGCGGAUCCACGGCGACGCGAACCUGGCCGCGCGCUUGGCCGCCGCCGCCGCCGACAAGAGCAGGCUGGUGAUCGUGGUGCAGGAGCUCAUCGCGCUCAGCCACAGCGACCCGCGCCACCUGCCGGACCUGCAGGCGCUCAAGGCCGUCGAGGCGGACCUGACGGCGCUGCUGACGCCGGACCCCGGCGCCGGCGUGGCGCGCGACCUGCGCUGGCUGGCGGACAGGCUGCGCGGCUGCGAGGAGGCGCACGUGCGGUCCGCGGGCCAGAGGCGCGACCUGGCGUUGUUUUCGGACGCGUGCCGCGCCCUCGUCUGGGAGCAGGCGCGGGCGGGUGGGGAUAAUCUGUUCUGGAGGACGCGCGGCGAGGUCCAGGCGUGGGCUGGGGCGAAUCUCGGUCGCGGGGACGAGUGGGCGGUGGUUUGGUGGAGCAGGGAGGCGGUCGAUCCGGUUCACGGGGUGGAGAUCCCGAGGAGGUAGGUUGAGUGUCUCGGGCUGUUGGGUAGUUGGGAUGUUUGGCGCUGUAGGAUAUGAUAAAUUUAGUUGACUGGCUCUUGUCUACUUCUUUGAGAGUUGUGAAAAGAUUUGUAGUGCUGGAAAUCUUUAAAAUUUCUGUAAAAAGUGAC